AUGUCCGCGGAGAACCUAAGUCAGACCGCCAGCAAACUACCAUUGACAAUGGUAGUGCAAUCGUUUGAGGAGCAGUUACAGCUGUACAAAGAUAACCUUGGCCCACGGUUCGCUGAUAACGAUAAUCUCAAGACACAUGUCAACGUAGCCGAGGUGCUCCUCUAUGAGAUCGCUGUCUCGGACCAACACUCUGCAACAUCCUAUCUUCCUCUAACUGACCGACUCCAACUUCUAUGGGCUUGUGUCCGAUCUUUAAAGACAUUUUUCGACAUCCGGUUCGAUCAUCGAGAAAUGGAACGCCCACGUUUCCUGUGUAUGAGUGCGUCUGAACUUGUGUACACUAUCAUUGUUGGUAUCAAGGUCGUAACACUUCAAUUACCCGGGUGGAACCUUGCCCAGAUACAUGCAGAGCUUGACAUGGUAGAGGUGAUGAGCCAGCAAGCCCAGGAUCUGGACAUCAUCGUGGGGCGCCGCAAACACGGCAACAUGCUAGGUACACCGACCCCCGGGGGAACGACAGCAGCUACACCCGCGCCUCCACCAGAUCCUUUCGAGAGACUUGUGAAGCAGCUGAAGUCAGUGAGAGAUUUGGUCAAGGCUGAGAGACAGCGUCUACUUACGGGAACUGGUAACGCUGAUCUCGUAGACUUCAGUCAAGACUUCUUGAUGGAUGAUUCAGGAACGGACUUUUGGCAAGCGGCGGCUACGAGAGGCUAUAAUGUAUGGAACAUUAUUGGUGACCCUGGUGUCCUGAAUGAGUCGACUUGA